GGGAGAGAGAGUAACAUUUGUCUACCUUGUGCUUUUUUAAAAGAGCAGGUACAAUUGGGAGCGUGCUACUGUUCGCUGGUUACAGCUAGCUAGUUAACGUUCCUACAGUAACUUGUAAUCUCUUUGUGUGUGUAGCCUACUUUAGUUAGAUAACGUUAGUAGUUGACAGGCAGACUGAAAUAUUGUUUACACUAAAUAUAGUCUUCCAAUGCCAUGAAGAAAUGUCAGUCAAAAAGCACGUUAGUCACACAAUAAUGGGGGACCGCUGCCGGUUUACGGGCUCCUAACCAACUCUGUUUUUUUUCGCAUUGUUUGUGACUAAUUUUGUACGUAAUGUGGCUGUUACCGUCUCUUAUGACUGAAAAAAGCCUCUGGACAUCAAUGGGGGACAUCCCUUUGCCGUGGUAUAUUGGCCAUAUACCACCCCCUCGGGCCUUACUGCUUAAAUACCUUAUGUUUCACCAACACUUGGCUAAAUGACGACAUGGAUAAUAUAGAGCUGGCUUGUUUCUCUUGUGUUUCGGCAUGACCAAGCAGCUACUUCUGUUUGUCACCUCAGUGGUGGCUUGCUCACCUGGUGAAAUGAAACAAGAAAUCAAUGGCAAGAAAGAAACCGUUAAAGGCUUCAAUGUCAAGCUCCAAGACACCAUAUUGUUUCCUGAGGGAGGUGGUCAGCCAGAUGACCACGGGCUGAUUGGAGAUGUGCCGGUGCUGCGGGUGACGAGGCAGGGAGCUGAGGCUGUGCACUUUGUGAGUUCAGCUCUAGAGGUGGGCCAGGAGGUGCAGCUGAAGGUGGACUGGGAGCGGAGGUUUGACCACAUGCAGCAACACUCAGGGCAACAUCUAAUCACAGCUAUUGCAGAAUCCAUGUUUGGGUACAAGACCACAUCCUGGGAGUUGGGGCGUCAGCGCAGCACCAUAGAGCUGGACACUCCCUCCAUGAAGCCUGCCCAGAUGAAGGCCCUCGAGGCAGCAGUCAAUGAGAAGAUACGUGCUCAUGUUCCCAUCGCUGUUCAGGUCCUCUCCUUAGAUGACCCUGCAUUGGAACAGGUGAGGAGUCGCGGUCUCCCGGACGACGCAGCGGGGCCUAUCCGGAUCAUCGACAUCGAGGGCAUUGACGUCAACAUGUGCUGUGGGACCCACGUGUCCAACCUCAGUCACUUACAGGUCAUAAAACUCCUGGGGACUGAGAAAGGAAAGAAGAACAAAACUAAUCUGUUAUUUCUAGUGGGAAACCGGGUCCUGAAGUAUGCUGAGAAAAGCUACAGCACAGAACGCUCACUGGUAUCCCUCCUCAAAACGGGCCCAGAUGAUCAUGUUGAUACAGUGGACAAGAUCCAGAAGACUGUUAAGGGUCUACAGAAAAGUAACCUGGGCCUACUGAGAGACGUGGCUGUUCUAAUAGCCCAGAACUUCAAGUCCAACCCAGAGAGGGGCAACUUCUUUACCUUACACAAGAAGGAGGGUGACAACGAGUUCAUGAGCAUCAUAGCCAAUGAAAUAGGCACUGAGGAGACGUUGGUUUUCUUGACUGUUGGAGAGGAGAAAGGACCAGGGCUGUUCCUGCUGGCAGGACCCAGUGGGAAAGUGUCUGAACUGGGACCACGAGUGCUGGAGAUGCUCCAGGGCAAAGGAGCUGGGAAGAACGGGCGCUUCCAGGGCAAAGUAAACAGCAUGGCACGCCGAGGGGAGGUGGAGGCCCUAAUACAGGAACACUGCAAGAACGAGCAGUAAGGAUGACUGGAAACUCAAGCACAUGAUGACCACAACUACAUACAGACAACAUAGGUGACCCACUGCAGUUCUCGACCAGCUUUCCUAGUAGGUUGUAGCUUUGCUAAGUAAUGAUACUUCUGACCUCGGUGUACAGUCUAAAUCAAGGAACUGUGUACAUGGAGUGUACAAAACAUUAAGAACACCUUCCUAAUCAGUUGCACCCCCCCCCCCUUGCCCCCAGACUAGCCUCUGCAAGGUGUUGAAAGCGUUCCACAGAGAUGCCUGCCCAUGUUGACUCCAAUGCUUCCCACAGUUUGGGUGGUGGAAGCACACAGGAAACUGUUGCUUGUGGGAAAAACCAGCAGCAUUGCAGUUCUUGACCCACUGAAGAGGCUCUGCAUUGGGACCUACUACCAUAUCCCGUUCAAAGGCACUUACAUCGUUUUGUCCUGUCAAUUCAUUCUCUGAAUGGCACACGUACACAAUCAAUGUCUCAAGGCUUAAAAAUACUUCUUAAACAUGUCUCCUGCUCUUCAUCUACACUGAUUGAAGUGGAUUUAACAGGAGAAAUCAAAAAGGCCGUGCUUCUAGCUCUUGGGCAACUUUGCAGUAUUUUGUUUUUAUGUGACAAGUAAAAUUUGAUUCGAAUCACCUGGUCAGUCUCUCAUGGGAAGAACAUGUGUUCCUAAUGUUUUGUACACUCGGUGUACAUUGUUACUAUAUCGUAUAAAUGAAUGAAAACAACAAAAAUUGGCUAAAUCGUCUUAAUUUAAGGCAAGGGUUAGGCAUUAAGGUUAAAAUAAAAUGUUAUGGCUUUGGCUGUGCCAGCUAGUGACCACUGCAGAGCUGCAUCCACGACAAGAUUAAUUUCAGUAAAAGUCAACCUGUGCUUUGCUAAGCAACGAUAAUUCUGACCUCAGAGAUGACCACAGUGUACAGUCUAAAUCAAGGUGCUGUAAAUAUUAUGAAUAAGAAUACUAGAUAUAUUCAUGAAUACAAGUCAUGGAAAAUGUACAAAUUAACAUGUUGGACUAAGGAAGCACACCCAUGUAAUGCAUGAUUAACAUUGCAUUAAUUUUGAAUGUUUGAAGUUAUCCUUUUAAAUUGUAUUUGUUCUGUGCUUAUCAGUCUUUUUUUUUGAUUAUUUUGUAUAUUUCACCUUCAGUAAAGUAUAUACAUUUGGACAGUCAUUUUCAUUUGGUCUGCAGUUGCAUAACCAAAAGAAGGACUGACCUUGUCAAUUAACUUGCCAGUCAAAUAUUGAUGGUUUGGCCAAGGCUGUCAGUUCUACGUAUUUGCAGGGAGUGACGGCUGUGUGACGUGUGAACCUGUGUAAUCAGUGAGCGUGAGGCCAAAGUCCAGGGUUCCAUAUACAGAUGUAGGCUCUUCAUUUGAUCACCCUGUUGCAGGAAUGCAAACUUAGUGUAUUUGAGCUUUACAAAUGCUUCUAAACCUUGUAAUUUACACUGAAAUGUCAGAAUUGAUUUGCCCUAACAAUUUUUUUUAAUCAACCCCUACAAACGUAUUUCCUGUUGACAACUGGUUUGACUCAUAUUGUUAGCUACUGAUUUUGGGGUUUGAAAACCAUGUCAUGAUUGUGCAGCAGGUAGCCUAGUGGUUAGUGUUGGGCCAGUAACCGAAAGAUUGCUCGAUCGAAUCCCCGAGCUGACAAGGUAAAAAUCUGUUAUUCUGCCCUUGAAUAAGGCAGUUAACCCACUCUUCCUAGGCUGUCAUUGAAAACAACAAUUUGUUCUUAACUGACUUGCCUAGCUAAAUAAAAAUGGUCAUUUUA